UCAGCCUCACGGCUCCUUCCUGCGCCCUGGAUAACUAAAAGGAAACUCCACCGGAGCUACGUGACAGAUCCGCUGGUUUUUGUGGGGACAGUGGCGAGAACUUUUACGCAAGAGGACGUUCAUGCGUUUCUGCUUUAGUUUGAGAUCAGACUGCUGAGACCUGAGGAGGCGUUCUGCAAAGUUUGUCUGUUCAUCCAAGAUUUUUUUUUUUUUAAAAAGCUGACAGUCAGCUGGAUCGUUCAGCUUUUAUUGCGGAUGGCAUGAUUGCAGCAGAUUGUUGCUGAUCAGAAAUAUUCACUGACUGAUUUGAAAGAGAGCUGAGAGGGCUAAACCGUGGUAGCGUUCCAGAUAAGAGCGCCGAUACCAAAAGAGAAAAGUUCAGCUGUGAGACUCUUUUGCUUAUGCAAGUGAAAAACAAAGAAACUGUGAUGUUCCUCGGGCUGACACAUCCUGUGCUGAUGAUCUAGCACGCAGUCAUCUGACUUGAUUGUUUCUUUUUAGUUAGGCUCCCUCUCUUUCUCUUCACUCACACCUUGUGCGCUCGCGCCUCCAUCCUGCGCUCCAGUUUGGACUCCUGAAACCAGCAGCGCCCGGAGGAAAGGGAAAGCUCCCCCUUUUCUCUCCCACAAACUUCUGCUCUUCUGAUCAGAUACAGUCAGGUGGCACUGACCCGAGCUGUUGUGAUGCAUAUUCCCGUAGAGCCGCCCACCACAAGACGGUUCACGCCGCCCUCGACGUCCUUCCCCUGCAGUAAGAUUGGAGACAGCAACGGGGCCAUGUCCACCCCGGGGCCCCUCAGGUCAAGACCGGACAACAGGAACGUGGUGGACGUCCUGGCAGACCACGCCGGCGAACUGGUUCGAACCGACAGUCCCAACUUCCUCUGCUCCGUGCUCCCAUCCCACUGGAGGUGCAACAAGACGCUCCCCGUGGCUUUUAAGGUUGUGGCUCUCGGGGAUGUUCCCGACGGGACUCUGGUCACCGUGAUGGCCGGGAACGACGAGAACUACUCGGCCGAGCUGAGGAACGCCUCCGCUGUGAUGAAGAACCAGGUGGCCCGAUUCAACGACCUGCGCUUCGUGGGUAGGAGCGGACGAGGAAAGAGUUUCACACUGACCAUCACUGUGUUCACUGGACCGCCGCAAGUGGCCACCUACCACCGAGCCAUCAAAGUCACCGUGGACGGCCCACGCGAACCGCGCAGACACAGAGUGAAGAUAGAAGACCCCCAGAAGAUGCAGUUCUCCGACAGGCUGUCAGAGAUCGAGCGCUACCAGCGGAGCAUGCGAAUAGGCCCUGUAAACAACCCUCCCCGCCCCAUUCACCAAACCCACCUCAGCACAACUCAAGCCCUCUGGCAGGAGCAAAUGGACACCCCAGCUCUGAAGACAUGCAAGGUGGAGGAGGACCUGAGACCAUGGCCAGGGACUACAGAUCUCUUCCAGCAGAGGACCACCUUUCCCUCUCUCUCACCGCUGACCGACCCACGCUUCUCAGACCCCCGUAUGCACUACCCCGGGGCCUUUCCCUACUCCGCCAACACCUCCAGCACUGGCAUCAGCGGCCUCAGUAUGUCGGCCUCAUCUAGAUACCACACCUACCUGCCACCCCCUUACUCAAACAACCAAAGCCAGAACUUCCAGUCCAACUCCUACCUGUAUUAUGGCACAGGCUCAGGGUCCUACCAGUUCUCCAUGGUGGCGCCGGGAAACACCGGAGGCGAGCGAUCCCCUACCCGACUGCUGUCCUGCUCAGGGGCUGGGGGCACCGGAGGGACCAACAGCCUCAUGAACCCGGGCCUGAACACCCAAAGCGAGGGAGUGGAGGCUGACGGCAGCCACAGCAACUCCCCCACUGCCAUGAGCGCCUCGGGUCGUUUGGAUGAGUCCGUUUGGAGGCCUUAUUGACUGACAGACAAAUCAGAGGAUGCAGGAGAAUUGAGGGAGAGAAGGUUAUGAGGAUGAUGAACAAAAAGAUGAGCAUUGAAAGAAAAAAAAAGAAAAUGCUGCAUGUUUGUCUUUUAUUUCUCUGGCACUCGCUUUAAAGACUUUUACCAACUCAACCAAGACUUUUGCAUAUUUUGUAAAUAUUGAGUAAGCUCCUGCACUGUGCAACAUUUACUCUUAACUGACUGUAAAAGCCAUAGAGUUGAGAUGUUCAGUUGAAGCUGUAAAUAGAUCUAAAGCCAUGGUAACAAUUCAGGCGCUCUUCUAGCACUCAAUAACCAAAGUUUGAUCGAUGAGAAGUCCAAUGAACGAGGAAAACACAACAGACAAUUAUCAGACAGACUUUCCACUGGAGAGCCGCAAGUGACAACAACAUCCUUCCAAAGCAUGGAAGCACUGCUGCGGCAAUCGUGCCUUUUAUAAGCUUUCAUUUCUGGGGGAAAUGGGAGAAAGAUCAUGUGUCAGUGGGGAAAAACAGGGCAGUUUAUCAUGCCAUUCCCUUUACCUUAUUUAUUAACCAAAUGGACACAUAGGCCUUUGGUGCUAUGGCAGGCAGUGGAUGUUUGAGUAACAGUGCUGUAUGUCUAAAACUGUUGUGUCCCUAGUUUAUUGAGUUUUCACAGAACUGGCUGAUGGUUUGAGGAUGUAAAAGCCUAACACGAAGGAUUGAUCAUUUGGUCCUUUAUCAGGAAUAUUCCAACAUGUUUUGCCAUUAUUACUUUUUUUAUUUAAGCCCAUUUUGAAAGAAAAGUCCUUCUGUAACUGGAUGACAGUUUACUUAUAUUUAUUUGAGCCAAAUUGCAAGGACAUGUAUUCAUACAACAAUCCUUAAGCAUUUCUUCCUACCCUUCGUUUUUAAAUACAUUAACAGUAUAUAUAACCUAUUUUGUUGUUAAGUAUAAAUUUGGAUUUUGUGUAAUAUAUUGCUUCUAAAUUAUGAAAAGAUCUUUUAAUGUAAUUAUUUUGUCUUCCAAUGUAGCUUUGAUGCACUAAAAACCUUUAUUCCUUAUGAACCAUGCCAUACAAUAUCUGUUGAAUAGAUGGAGUGUCCAGAGCCUUUUAAACUUUUUCUCCAUCGCUAAACAAGCCAUUUGCUUAAUUUUUGCACUAUGAUAGAACAUUUUCUUCCUCUUUUCAUUUUUUUCAUCAACAGUUUCCAUGUUAAAUAUCAAAUAUACCACAAUUAUGUCAAACUGAAAGGUUUAACUAUUUUAUAAUUUCAUAGUUAGUCAUACACCAAUCUCAGAACCCAUCAAUUAUCAUCUGAUCUAGUCAGAGUCGAUCUAAAAUGAUGAGGCACGCAUUCCCACAGUACAGCUGUGUGCGUACAUUCCCCCUGUCUGGAGGGCCUUUCCUUUGCACUUACACAAGUGAGCCCUCCAUCCCUGGAGGAGGAAGAGUUUAAAGAUGAAGGAGGAGGUGGGGUCAGAGCAGUAUCUGCUUACCAACACCAAGGGCGGUUACACAAAAACCCUGCUUCGCACAGGCUCCUUUGUUCUGGGUAAUAAGUGAGUGCUUUGAAGUGUUUACUGCCCUAAUACUGUCUUUUCUGCUUUAAUAUACUCAUCAUCAAUGCCAGGAGCCGCCGCUCUGCCAGUGACUCAUGCACCUGUAAUGGGCAUGAGCCAUGCAAAGGCAAAGGCAGUUACAGUAGGCCUUCCACGAAAUAGAAGUAGGGGUAUGAAAGUGAAUAUAUUUCCCCAAAAAGGCUUGCAUUUGCUGCUCAGGUAUAAAUAACAAUGCAGGGUGUUUUCUCACCUUCUCUCUUUUCAACCAUCCAUAUCAGCAUCUCAUUCCUCUUUCCCUUUUAGAUGUAAAGCAUGUUUCCCUUCUCUCUUCUCUGAAGCCUUUAUAGGGUAAUGAUCUUACUUUAUUAGAGGCAAAGAUCAUGCAGCUAGAGAAGCCACAUGUGUACUUAUAUUUGUGUGGUUCCUUCAAAAGAAAACCAAAGAUCUUCACAACUGCCUGUAUAACUGUCUGAAUGUUAAUGACAGGAGGAAUGAAUCGUACGUGAAACCUGUCAUGACUGAUCUGUAACAUCAUUCUUUAUGUAAAGCUACGAAGCCAAAAUGUACAAUUAAGUUCCAUUUUAUUGUAUUGUGGAUUCAAGAGCACAAUUUUUCCUUAUUUUUUUCCUUUACAAGAUGCUGUUUUUCCUCUUUGUAUACCAAAAUGUUUAUUCAUCUUGUUCCCUUUAUUUUUCUUUUGCUCAAAGCAUGUACACCUGAUACUGAUAUGUUAAUUUAAGAAUCUCAUCUAUGUAUGUAAUGAUAUUGUUAAUGCUUCCAUACUGAGUGCUUGUAAAGUUUGCGCAUAAUGUAGUUUUUAAUCAUUUUAAUUAAAAAAAAAA